AUGGGAUGGGAUGGGAUGGGAUUGACUACAUCUUCGUGGUCUGUGGUGCUCUUUUCUGCACCUUUUGGGGCCAUUGGCAAUACCAACGCCGCCUCUAUUGCCAUAACCAAGGCCCUCGUUGACCCCAGAUCAGUUACUAUCACUUGUUCUCCUUCGGGGCACCAUUCGACUUCGUUCAUAUCGUCUGUCUCCUACCCCAACACCCCUCCUGGUAAGCAACUACUGCCGCUGCUGGCGUUGUUGCUGCUAUGGUUGCCAUUCACUUGCUCUUUCUCCCACUCGUUUUUCAUUCGAAAUGGGCAUACUUACGACGUCUCUAGGGCCCUACUUCUUUCCCACCUCUUUUCUGUCCGGCAUCUGCAUCCAAGCCUGUCGAGGGAAGGGGCGGAGCCUGGGGUAUGGCGAAAAGCCGGACUUUGCUGUUUUGUCAUCACCAUCGCAAAUACGAUGAGUAACUGGGUCUCUUGUCUUAACAAUGCUGAGGAGGCUCAGUUCUUAUGA